AGUUAUGGUUUUGAAAUUUAUUAAUGGUAUAUUUUUUUUAGACAAUCAUGAUUCAAGCACAGUGGUUAAUUAUAGCGCUAUGCACUACUGUAUUAGCGACUAGCGUGCAGACAGCGUUAGUUCCAGCCCAAGAUGUGGACAUAAUAGUCGCAGGAAGUAACACGAAAACCACAGUGCCCAGCCAAGUUACUGCCCAAAAACCGUACAAACCUAUUGAAAUAACAGAGAUGCUCGUGCGUUCUGAAGUGUCACUGCAUUACGUGCACACGUCCAUGAUUAGUGAAGUUGUGAACCCCGACCCGAGCCCACAGGAGGCCACGUUUCGCGUGCUGCUGCCCGAUACAGCCUACAUCAGUGGUUUUAAUAUGAUUCUAGCUGGUAAGUCAUACAAGGCGUAUGUUAAGGAAAAAGAAGAAGCUAAGAAAAUUUACGAUCAAGCUGUAUCUCAGGGUAUUGGUGCAGCUUAUAUUGCUACAAAAGCACGCGACUCCAACCAAUUCAUGGUAUCCGUCAACGUGGAAGGUAACACUACAGCAACCUUUGAUUUGAGAUACGAAGAAUGCAUGGCACGUCGUAACGGGUUUUACAAUCUCGACAUUAAUCUGCACACUGGAGCUUUUAUACCAAAGUUGGAAGUUGUUGUGCAUAUCCUGGAACAACAGAAAAUAACUGAACUGCGGGUUCCUGAAGUCAGGACUGGGAAUGAAGUUGAUGCGACUGAGAAAGACCCCCAAAACCCGAAAGCUGUUAUUGUAAAGAGUGCUGAUCAGCGAGAAGUAACCAUCACAUUCAAUCCUGAUCUCGAAGAACAAAAAAGACUCGCUGAAAUAUAUGUGGAAAAGACAAAAGAAAAAGCUCCAUCUAAUUCGUACAUCGCUAGAGGUGGAGAUAAUAAAGGAAACAAACAAGACAGUACAGUGCUUGGACAGUUUGUAGUACAGUACGAUGUAGAGCGAUCCAAUGAUGGUGAAAUAUUCAUCAACAAUGGGUAUUUCGUUCACUUCUUUGCGCCAACUUCGCUGUUCCCAUUAAGUAAGAACAUGGUAUUCGUGCUUGACACAUCGGGAUCCAUGUCGGGUCGAAAAAUUGAACAGCUUCGUGGUGCCAUGAAUGCCAUUCUGUCCGAUCUCAAUCCGCACGACUACUUCAGCAUCGUCGAAUUCAACUAUGGUGUGACGGUUCAUGAUAUGAAGGAGGCCGAUCAAGAGCCUCCUCUUAAAUCUCCUACCUACAACUCAAAUCUGAACUCGCGCAAUACUACCGUAACACUGGUGCCACCGACACGCGCUUCACCGGAAAACAUCGCUAAAGCAAAAAUAAUUGUGUCCAGACUUAAGGCUUCCGGAGGAACCAAUAUCUACGAUGCACUGGACAUAGCUUUAAAUCUUGUAAUAAAAGGUAUUGAUCAGGAAACUGAAAUAUAUUUAAUGAAUCAAGACGAAGAUGAGGAAUGUGAUGUUGGAUUUAUUUAUGAUGAGUCUGAGGAAGAAAACAAUGUAUUGGAGCCAGUAAUUAUAUUUUUGACGGACGGUGAACCAACCGUGGCUGAAACAAAUACCACAAAAAUUAUCUCUUACAUUACCGAGAAAAACUCUGGAGAAAAUCGGGCGGCCUUAUACACGCUUUCAUUUGGUAAUGAUGCGGAUCGUAUCUUCUUGCGUAAACUCGCGCUCCGCAAUGACGGUUUCACGAAGCAUAUCUACGAGGCAGCUGACGCGGAAAGGCAGCUCCAAGACUUCUACCGCCAGGUGUCUUCACCGCUCGUCUCCAACGUCAUGUUCAAUUACCUCCAAGAACAGAUAAUAGCAGAGUCUUUGAGCCGAAAUUUUUACCGAAUUGUAAACGAGGGUUCUGAAGUCGUAGUCGUGGGUCAGAUAAAGGAAGGCAUUUCUGAAAUGACCGCGCAAGUUACUGGCUUAUAUGGCACCGAAGAUGGCUUCGGUAGGAUUCCUCACGAAGUGAUUCAAAGAGUACCCGUGCAGUGCGGUAAUGACAAAAUACCAUUGGAGCGGAUGUGGGCCUACGUAACUAUAAAGCAGCUACUGGAUAAACGAGAUGCUGGCGAGGACACAAUCAACUCUGAGAAAAAGGCUCUGGCUUUAGCACUUAAGUACGAGUUUGUAACACCACUGACGUCGCUAGUGGUCGUCAAGCCGAACGCAACCAACUCGGUUGAUGUCGAAUCCGCUGACAAGAUAACGACAAGAGGAAACCCUGCCGCUUUGAAUUUUGCUGCUGGAUCUAGUAUAACAAAUAGAGCUGCAGGUGUCUCCAAAGCUUCGCUAGUUAGAUCACCUAGACCAGCUGUAUUAUCUAAAUCAACUAGAGGGUCAACUGCACAGGUAGCGCCAGCAGCUGACGAAAUACCAAUUACUCCAGCUUUAAAGGCCAAGCCAAGCGUAUUCAAUGAUCAACCCGCCCCUACGGUUUCACCUUUAGCCGAUUACCACCUCGAAGGUUUUGGUUGGACCAAAUCAAUACUCAACACCAGUACUGAUGCACUUGUUUUCAAUGCCAGUGGAAAGAUUGUCACACUUGCACUCACGAAAGAUAAGAACGUGCCAAUCGAGGUUCGCGGAGACGUUGAAUGCUCCGCGGUGGGAUCAAACACGGCGAAUGUUUGCGUUUAUAUCACGCGAUGCUUCGGCGCCCGAAACAUUACUGUCGUUGAAUAUAGCAACAGUUACUGCUGGGUGAAUAACAGGUACGCAGGCUUUUGCUGUCCAAGUAAUGAAGUCGACAGAAAACCUUGAAAAGAUCAACAUUUUACAAGAACUAUAUCACAACUUCUGUUUUUUGAU